AUGCCCCCCCGCCCACCCCCCCGGCAGGCGGGGGGAGGGCUCAGCCGGGAGUUUGGCAAACUCCUCCCCGCGUUGAGUCAUUCGCCUCUGGGAGGUUUAGGAAGCGGCUCCGGGUCGGUGGCCCCAGGACAGGGAAGAGCGGGCGCUAUGGGGAGCCGGACGCCAGGGUCCCCUCUCCACGCCGUGCAGCUGCGCCGGGGCGCCCGGCGCGGACCCCGGCUGCUGCCGUUGUUGCCGCUGCUGCUGCUGCUGCUGCCGCCGCCGCCCCGGGUCGGGGGCUUCAAUUUAGACGCGGAGGCCCCGGCAGUGCUCUCCGGGCCCCCGGGCUCCUUCUUCGGCUUCUCGGUGGAGUUUUACCGGCCGGGGACGGACGGGGUCAGCGUGCUGGUGGGGGCGCCCAAGGCUAACACCAGCCAGCCGGGAGUGCUGCAGGGCGGUGCCGUCUACCUCUGUCCCUGGGGCACCAGCCCGACACAGUGCACCCCCAUUGAAUUUGACAGUAAAGGCUCUCGUAUCUUGGAGUCCUCAACGUCCAGCCCAGAGGGAGAGGAGCCUGUGGAGUACAAGUCCCUGCAGUGGUUUGGAGCGACAGUGCGAGCCCAUGGCUCCUCCAUCUUGGCCUGUGCUCCCCUCUACAGCUGGCGCACUGAGAAAGAGCCACAGAGUGACCCCGUGGGCACCUGCUACCUCUCCACAGACAACUUCACCCGGAUUCUGGAGUAUGCACCCUGCCGCUCAGAUUUCAGCCAAGAAGCAGGACAGGGUUACUGCCAAGGGGGCUUCAGUGCCGAGUUCACCAAGACUGGACGUGUGGUCCUGGGUGGACCAGGAAGCUAUUUCUGGCAAGGCCAGAUCCUGUCCGCCACCCAGGAGCAGAUUGCAGAAUCCUAUUAUCCCGGGUACCUGAUCAACCCAGUUCGGGGGCAGCUGCAGACUCGCCAGGCCAGUUCCAUCUACGAUGACAGCUACCUGGGAUAUUCUGUGGCUGUGGGUGAAUUCAGUGGUGAUGAUAGAGAAGACUUCGUUGCUGGCGUGCCCAAAGGGAACCUCACCUACGGCUAUGUCACCAUCCUUAAUGGCUCAGACAUCCGGUCCCUCUACAACUUUUCAGGGGAACAGAUGGCCUCCUAUUUUGGCUACGCAGUGGCUGCCACAGACAUCAACGGGGAUGGGCUGGACGACUUGCUGGUAGGGGCGCCCCUGCUCAUGGAGCGGACAGCCGAUGGGCGGCCGCAGGAGGUGGGCAGGGUCUACAUCUAUCUGCAGCGCCUGGAUGGCAUGGAGCCCACGCCCACCCUGACCCUCACUGGCCAGGAUGAGUUUGGCCGGUUCGGCAGCUCCCUGACCCCCCUGGGGGACCUAGACCAGGAUGGCUACAAUGAUGUAGCCAUUGGGGCUGCCUUUGGUGGGGAGAACCGGCAGGGAGUGGUGUUUAUAUUCCCUGGGGGCCCAGGGGGUCUGGCGUCUAAGCCUUCCCAGGUUCUGCUGCCCCUGUGGGCAGCUGGCCACACGCCGGACUUCUUUGGCUCUGCCCUUCGAGGAGGCCGAGACCUAGAUGGCAAUGGAUACCCUGAUCUGAUUGUGGGGUCCUUUGGUGUAGACAAGGCUGUGGUAUACAGGGGUCGCCCCAUCGUGUCUGCCAGUGCCUCCCUCACCAUCUUUCCCGCCAUGUUCAACCCAGAGGAGCACAGCUGCAGCUUGGAGGGAAACCCUGUGACUUGCAUCAACCUCAGCUUCUGCCUCAAUGCUUCUGGAAAACAUGUUCCUGACUCCAUCGGCUUCACAGUGCAGCUCCAGUUGGACUGGCAGAAGCAGAAGGGCGGGGUGCGGCGGGCGCUGUUCCUGGCCUCCCGACAGGCCACCCUGACCCAGACCCUGCUCAUCCAGAACGGGGCUCGGGAGGACUGCAGAGAGAUGAAGAUCUACCUCAGGAACGAGUCAGAGUUUCGAGAUAAACUCUCCCCGAUUCACAUCGCUCUCAAUUUCUCCCUGGACCCUCAAGCCCCAGUGGACAGCCACGGCCUCCGGCCAGUCCUACACUACCAGAGCAAGAACCGCAUAGAGGACAAGGCUCAGAUCUUGCUGGACUGUGGAGAAGACAAUAUCUGUGUGCCAGACCUACAGCUGGAAGUGUUUGGGGAGCAGAACCACGUAUACCUGGGCGACAAGAAUUCUCUGAACCUCACUUUCCACGCCCAGAAUGUGGGUGAGGGUGGCGCCUACGAGGCAGAGCUUUGGGUCACAGCCCCUCCGGAGGCUGAGUACUCGGGACUCGUCAGACACCCAGGGAACUUCUCCAGCCUGAGCUGUGACUAUUUUGCUGUGAACCAGAGUCGUCUGCUGGUGUGUGACCUGGGCAACCCCAUGAAGGCUGGGGCCAAUCUCUGGGGUGGCCUUCGCUUCACAGUCCCUCACCUUAGGGACACGAAGAAAACCAUCCAGUUUGACUUCCAGAUCCUCAGCAAGAAUCUUAACAACUCGCAAAGCGACGUGGUUUCCUUCCGGCUCUCGGUGGAGGCUCAGGCCCAGGUCUCUCUCAACGGUGUCUCCAAGCCCGAGGCAGUGCUAUUUCCAGUGAGCGACUGGCAUCCCCAAGACCAGCCGCAGGAGGAGGGUGACGUGGGCCCAGCUGUCCACCAUGUCUAUGAGCUCAUCAACCUGGGCCCCAGCUCCAUUAGCCAGGGCGUGUUGGAGCUCAGCUGUCCCUAUACUCUAGAUGGCCAGCAGCUCCUCUACGUGACCAGGGUCACAGGACUCAGCAACUGCACCACCAGUCACCCCCCCAACCCAGAGGGCCUGGAGUUGGAUCCUGAAGGUUCCCAGCACCACCGGCUGCAAAGACGGGAUGUUACAGGUCGGAGCCCUGCCUCCUCAGGACCUCAGAUUCUGAAAUGCCCAGAAGCAGAGUGUUUCAAGCUGCGCUGCGAACUGGGGCCACUUCACCGGCAAGAGAGCCGAAGUCUGCAACUGCAUUUCCGCGUCUGGGCCAAGACCUUCCUACAGCGGGCGCACCAGCCAUUUAGCCUGCAGUGUGAGGCCGUGUAUGAAGCCCUGAAGAUGCCCUAUAAAAUCCUGCCUCGGCAGCUUCCCCAAAAGGAGCUGCAGGUGGCCACGGCUGUGCAGUGGAUCAAGGCAGAAGGCAGCCACGGAGUCCCUCUCUGGAUCAUUAUCUUAGCCAUCCUCAUUGGCCUCCUGCUCCUCGGUCUGCUCAUCUAUAUCCUCUACAAGCUCGGAUUCUUCAAACGCUCCCUCCCGUAUGGCACCGCCAUGGAAAAAGCUCAGCUCAAGCCUCCAGCCACCUCCGAUGCCUGA